AUGGUAGAUACCAAGAUUUCUUACUUUGAUAUUAGGGUAAAUAGUCCUCACAAGGAUCUUAUUGUCAUCAAAGGGAAUGAAAAUGAAUGUGAUCCCAUAUUCUUAGAAGGAAGGGUAAAGUUAUCGGUAAAUCAAAAUAUCCACGUCAAAAAGGUCAAAUUAAGCUUGAUUGGUGAAUUGAGCGUUACAUAUUUCGAAAAAGAUGAAAAUGGUGCUGUUACCAAUCACAUACUCGAGAAAUUCAUCACACUUAAGGUCGAUUGGGAUAAUCUUUUGAUCAAUGAUGAAGGAACGAUUGUCCUUGGAUCUUACGGUGAUAAGCCUGUGAAGGCUUAUAAAGCAGGUAAGCUUCAAGCUCAUUCACAUUUAGAAGAGAUGAAACAAGAAUCAAGGGCUAGACCGACUUUUGAUAGAACUAAAUCUCAACCCAAUUUAAGUAAGGCUCAUAAGAAAGAAGCACCCACCAUUAAAUUACCAACUUCAGGUAUUGAUGGAACACCAUUUAAGAACUCCUCGAGUCAUCAUUCGUUCUUAUUACCUAAUGGGAACUAUUCCUUACCAUUCAAAGUGGUAUUACCUACUAAUAUUUGUGAGACUGUGGAAGGGUUAGCUAUUGGGAAAUUACUCUAUAAAUUUGAAGGGUCCAUCCAAAAGGGGAUGUUAUUCGAUAAGCCAAUGGUCAAAUCUAAAUAUAUGAGAUUUGUCAGAACAUUACAUCCCAAUAGUUUGAGUCUUGUGGACAAUAUUGAUAUAGUCAAUACUUGGCCAGGGAAAGUCGAUUAUAAAGUGUACUUGAAUAAAAAGGGGGUUGCCAUUGGCUCAACAAUCCCUAUUCAAGUACUAAUUGUACCAUUAGUCAAAGGUAUUUCAUUGAAAAAGAUCACUACUGAAGUAGUACAACAUUGUCACGUGAACUAUCUUGAAGGUAGAUCACCUGAAUUCGAACAAGUUUUCGGUCAUCAACAAGUUAUGGGACCUUUAGAUGAAUCAAUUCUCAGUCAAGAUUCUUGGAACCUUACUUGUCAUUUCAAAGUUCCUAAUUCCAUCAAGGAAGUCACCCAAACAUGUCUUUUAAAUAAUGAUUUGAUUCAAGUCAGACACAGAUUAAGAGUUACUAUACAAAUUCGAAACCCCGGUGGUCAUACGAGUGAGUUGAGAGCUAAUCUCCCUAUUACUCUUUAUAUCAGUAGUACUAUUGGUCAUGUUUAUGGACAUCAUUUUGAAAUCGAUAACCAUCAUGGGUUAUUCAACAUUGUUAGGAAUAAAGAUGAUGCAUUAUUCAAGAGAGACAAGUUCAAUACCCCUAAGGUAUCACCAUCAGUCACUCCUUUAGUUAGUCCUGAUAUCACCCCCCGUCAUUCCCCUACAUUAUUCCCACUUGAUGAUACUUUAGAUGAAGAGGAUGAACUUGAAAACGUCUUGGCUCCCCCACUUUAUGAGGAAAGUAAGAAGGAUAAGAUAUUCGAUAUAACCAGUGCCAAAUCACCUAUUGAACAAUUAGGGACGAGUUAUUUUGAUUUACCACGAUCAAAUAGUGAAGUCAUGAGUGGACUGUUAGAUCUUAAUAUCUUAAGUAAAGUUCCCAGUUAUUUCGAAGCUGUAGAUGAUGAUGAUGAUAGUGGGGAUUUAGCUCCCAGUUAUGAUAAUUCAUUUGACGCUAUGAUUGGGUCUAACUCAAGUCAAACAAGUUUACCUUCAAAAUUGAGUAAGAACGCUUCAAGUUCUAGUUUAAGUAACAGUUAUAGUCAUAGAUCACCAUUACAUUCACGUAGUUCCAGUAAGUUCAAUUUAAAUUUCAAUAGGAAAAAGGACAAGCCAGAAAAGUCAUAG